UAUCGCGCAUAAGGCUACGCUACUACUAUGAUUAUAGAAGGCAGCUGUUUUAGCUGCACGCUACCGACUGGGGCUUGGGAAGCUGUUGCAUGAUGUUGCAAACCCUGCUUCGAGAUGCCUUGGCAACGUUGCCCUCGAUUCGAUUCUGAAGGAACGGGGUGCUUGUUUGAGCUUGAAACCUGAUUAGUUCAGAGGGGAAGCGGAUGAGUACGUCAGCAUGCCAAAACUUGCUCAAUCAACUUCAACUUAGUGCUAAGAAAGCAGCGAUUUGUUUUUGUUUGACAAGCCAAGAGGUACAGGGUUUUGAGCAUUGGCAAUAAGGCAACUAUGCCGAGCAUGGUGAUCAGCGCCAUGAAAUGGCUGGCCAAGCGGAGGAGCAUAGAGUACCUAGUGUUAGCCGUCUGGACAUUAGCGGGUUGUGCUAUAGCAACCGCAGUCUUUUCUACGUUGUACAACCAGGCAAUCCAUGUGGAGGACAGUGGAUUUAACUUGAGAUGCAUCAAUCGAGCACAGGUUCUCUCCUCGGACCUGGCUGCCCGCUAUGACCUAGCCAACAUGUACAGUGGUUUGAUCGCGACUCAGAGCAAGCUGACACAAGAAUCUUGGACCGACUUCAGCAACGCAGUCGCUGCAAUCCUUGACAACACUGUCACCGUAGCAUGGCUGAAAGUUGUGAAGAGCCCAGACCGCUUGGCCUUUGAAGAGGAGAUUGGGCAAAAGAUCUUCACCUUCGACUUCGAGACGAAGAUCAAGCACGAUGCGCUGGAAGCUGAGUUGUAUGUCGUCACGACGAUGCUCUCAAAUGUGGAGCAGAUGCCUAUCUACAUGGGGUACGACGUUCUCAACACCUCUCUUGGGGAGUCCAUCCGAAUGGCGAUCCUGUCUGGGCGCUACGUUGCUGGGCCACCGUACACGCCGAUGGCAGGCGGCCAGAAGGCGUCCACGUACUUCCCAUCGUAUGUGAAGGGGUUCAACAGCAGUGCGGCGACCCCCGAGGAACGGUGGGCCAAGGCCCAGGGAGUGAUCGUGGGAACGCUGCCCCCAGUGGUCGUGCAGCAGGAAGCAUUCGCGAAACUCGUGGACUACCAGGACAUCUUGGUGCGGGUUUAUGACGUCACUGGAGGGCUGUUAACGAACAGCAGUCUUUUAUACGCCACUGCCCAAGACAGCUUCGAGGACAACGUGCCAUGGAGUUGCGUGGUCGACUAUGUGCAAGGCGGGCGCAACUACGAAAUAAGAGAGAGUAACCUAUUUGGAGACGUGACAAGCGUCUCCAAAUGGGGUGGUGGGCAGCGACUGCAACAGUGA